GUAUAGAAAUGUCUGAGAUAAAUGAGAGUAUUCCCAGCUACCCUGUGUUUCCUGUAAAAAGACUUGGCAAGACUGGGUAUGUGUGUACUGUAAAGGAUGAGAGGUUACUGUUAACCCUAACCCGGGAUACAGAAGAUGACCCAUGGGGGUUUUCAGCUGUUGGCUCUAAGGAUAUUCUAGAACAGAGUGGAUUCUGGAGUGGGAUUAUAACUGCAAGGCAUCAGCAGGGAUUAUGGAUUGCUGCCAGAAGUAUCAGGCGUGAGUCUGCAGCCGAGGUAUCAGGCUUGAAGGAAAACGAUCUUAUAACAAGGAUUAAUGGAAGAAUUGUAUUCCAUCUAACUCCUGAUGAUGUACAAAGAUUGAUCGUAAAGUCUGGCUGCACUCUGUAUCUAGAUAUAGAACGGAAUGUGACAAAAAGUAGAUUGUAUAAUUCUGGGCUUCAUCAAUUCUCAUUCAACUUCCUGUACAAUGAUAUUCACAAACAUAGAGUUGGUGAUUAUGAGAAGAGUCCAAGAUGGGGAUACCUCGCUUAAAAUCUCUUCUUUUACAAAGAUUGAUAACGUAGCUGCAUAGUCCGAUUCACAACGGUACCCCGUGAACCUUUGUCUGAUUAUCGACAGCGGAGAACUAAAAAUAGCGUGCAAACUGUAAUAAGCCCGAAACUUAAGACAAAGUAUCGUAAUGAAACCCAGUAUCAGAAACCCAGUAGCAGAAACCCGGUUUCAUGAAUAGGGUUCUGUGGACACAAAUAUUUGUUGCUAAGAAAUAUUAUUCCAUUAUGGUUUCUUUAAAUUGAAAUCUACGAAAAUGCUCUCUGGGAAACUGGAGUGUACACUAGCGUACAGUGUACUCAACGAAGCUUACUUCACAUUUUUAUGAAACUCCCAAAGAUUCUUUGUCACUGCACGAAAGUAAAUAUUCUUAAACUUUAAAGCAGAUUUUAAACAAAGUUAUCAACAAUUACAAACAUUUCUGCGGAUAGGAUAUGCAGAUAUCCGUCAUCCAUGAUUUUUCCUUGGUUCAAAGGGUACCGUUGUAAAUUUGAACAUGCCAUUCUAAAAAUGCAAAACACCAGCAGCUGCUAAUAUUAGAUUAUAAAAGAAUUUGCUAAAAUUUAAAUUAUAAAAAAACAUGGUUUAAAAAAUGGAGAAUUAUUGCGUAUAUAAUCCCUUUAAGCGUAAUGAUUUCAAAGAAUUAUUAAUACUUUCUUUUCUCAAAAAUUCUUAGACAAGUUAACAAUUAUAA